AUGCUGGGUGGAGUCAGUUCCGUUGAUGGUAGGCUGAGUGCGGUCCCGGAAGAAAGCAUGCAAUGCCGGUUUCAGGAGCUCGAUCUUUGCAUCAAACGGUACUUCUGUUGCGAGAGCCAGCAGGUGGGCAAUGCAGGAGCUGGUGAGCCUCAGGACUGUGCGCUUGAAAGGACAGGAUCUUCUGUAGCACUUGCAGCAAGUCUUCGUGGCCUUCCAACCAAGGUGUCUGUUCCAGGUCGUCGAGAGCCACCACCACAAGCCGAGCACUGCGGUAUACCAUGUCCAUGGCGGACAUGGAUAUCGUCUUCUCCUCGUUGCUGUCCUGAUCGAUACAAAUUUGAUCGAUCCACAAGCCUUCGUGAUCGGAGAUGCGCUCCUCCCACACGGCCUGCAGCAUCUCCUUCUCAAGUGGGAGCGUGUAGAAGUCCGGGUGUUUCUCAACCACACGCUUGCGUCGAUAGCUGA